AUGGCCAUCAAGCGAAAGGUGUUAACAUUCGCGACGUCCCUGCUUAGCAUACAAUGCCGUCCACAGGCCGUACACUUCUUCCCUUACCAUGCGACCGAGCUGCCGGCGCCAUAUCCGCCGUUCGCCGUAUCGCCAGUGUACGCGGUUGGCAGUGUCGGGCGUGGUUUCAGCCGGCUGGUGCCGGUGCCAUACCAGGCGAGAUUUUACCCCGCACUACCGACUACGGGUCCGGAGCAUGGGGUAAGGUUACCGUCAUCAUCAUCACCACCGCCACCACAAGACGCGUCGCCAGAGAAAUUGGAACAACCGAAGUCAACGUUGUCAACUAGGUCGAAGCGACCGCGCGCGAAGAAACCGAAACGGGUCAUGAAUGCACCGUUUCUGCAAGCCCUCCAGCAACCGAGUGGUCAGUUUAAGCUGCAGUCGUACGAACUGGUGGGUUCGGAAAAACAGGCACAGCCCCAAGGACCACUUAAAAAAGAGCAGGAGUUUCAACGGCAGCAACUUCCACCGGCCAAACCAUCACGACCAAAGUCACAGACUUCGGGGACGAAUACCGCCAGCUUAUCGGGGAACCCGGUCGUAGUGAGCUCCAUUGGAUCCACCACGGCCGAUGCUCCGGUAGGACGCGUUCCGGUAGCACCGACCGUAUCCGAGUACUAUCCCUUCUAUGGCUCACCGAUGACGGACCAACGGGAGGAAGCGUCGCUCAUUCUGGAACCCUCGUCGAAGGCCAUCUCCGGAAACGGUGGCACGGCGAUCUCUACGCCGGUUUCGCACGCCAUCCUGAAGCAAGGCAGCAGUACGAAAAUUCUCUUCCGCCCAGAAUCGGUCGCAAUCGUCGGUGCGAACGGACGAGCUCACGCGCAGGCCGAUCUGAUAGUCGAUUAUGUGAACCCGGAGCAUCGGACGGCCACGGAUGUGCUGAAGCUUCCAUUCUACGGUGGAGCUCGUGGGCAGAUACUGGAGAUCCGCAAAAACAGCGAUGGCACGGUGGUGAGCAAGAUCCUGCGCGGUGACGACGAAGACAUGGAGCUGAAGGUCCACCAGGUGGCGGAUGAAGCACCAAAGCCCACCGUGAAGGAACCCGAACCGGAAGCGAGCGAGGAGGAGGCGGGCGGUGUGACGCAAUCGUUCGGUGACUAUCUGGUGAACAUCCAGAAUGCGGCCGCCUCGCUGGUGGCGCUGCAGGACUCGGUGAAGAAGACGGGCAAGCUGUCGCCUGACCAGAAGAAGGUGUACACGGAAAACCUCGAAAAGUUGGGUGUGGCCGCGCAGAAGUUGGCUCACAUUCAGCAGGCCGACGAUGAUCACGAUGCGAUUCGGUUCCUGUUUGACUUGUCCGCCUUGACAGCCAACUAUGAGACGGUGCCGUCGUCUGCAAAUCCGGCGUCCGCUGGCGAGGUCCAGAAAAAGAAGUCGCCCAGUAGCACGAAAUUGACCUUCCCAGGCUUCAAGGGCAAGGAGGAGAACAAGAAGAAGGAGAAGGAGGAGGAGGAAAACGUCGGGGAAGAAGGAUCCGGUGGGGAUAGCGUGCAGGUGGAAACGCAGGAGAAGGAAUCUUCCAUUGCCGAGGCGAAACCCGUCGGUCUUGCCAUUGCUGGAGAAGGAGGUGUCGCAUCGUCGAAACCUGUUGCCACGGCCGUCGUUGGAGACGGUGGUCUAGCAGUCGCACGUCCAGUCGCAACGGCCAUUGCUGGAAUCAAGCCGAGCGAACUCGGAUCGCUGGGUCUACCGAUUUCUCUCAACAAAAAGGUACUCACCAAAGGCAAGUACGGACUGGUGGCCGCCUCGGACGAAGCUGCCGGUGGCGUGCUAGUUGGUCCGGACUAUGAGGCACGCGUUGCCCCGAAGGAGAUCGAGGCCGAGAUCGAAGACAACCGUCAGCAGGCGAUGGCCCACUUCGACACGGAGAAGUUCCUGGCCAAUCUGCGCCUCAAGACGGCCGCGCCAACCGUCACACCCAAUGUUCCGCAACAGUUGACCGCCUACCCGCAGCCGCAGUCGUACCUUCAGCAAGCCGUACCGUACAUGUCCGACUACGGACUGGGUCAGAGCGCGUACCCCGUCUAUACGCCGAUCAUCACGCCGUACUACAGCUGGCCCUCGACCUACUACCCGUACCAGUCGGGCGCGCUAGGAACUCUGACUGCCUACCAGCUGGCCGCCCUCCAGUCCGCUCAGUACAACCCGUACGCGCUGUACGGUGGCUACCAGCAGCCCCAGCUCCAGCAGUCCCUCGCCCAGAAUCCCUUUCAGCAGUAUGACUAUCCCCAGCGGGCUGCCCUCUACAACCCAUCGCCCGUGGUCAGCUCACCGGCCGCUGCCUACUCGAACUAUAACAAUUACGCAUCCUACAGCAACCCGUCGCCAUACAGAUUUUUCUACUAUUAGCCUGCUCAUCGGUAGCGGCCCAGGGGACAGCUUCGUUCUGAACAUCGUCUCCAACGGGCCUGGUGCGGCUCACUCACGGUUGAUGACUAGUGGUUAGUGUAGGUUUUAA